UGGCGUAACUUAUAAUCACUGACACAAAGUUAUGUUUGUUACUUAAAUGCAGAAACGCGUCUAUUUACGUACUACAUCCGAGUGUCAACGAAAAUAAAAAUAAAAAAUACGAGUUUCAACAACAGCGUCCGAUCACCUUAUAGCGAAGCGAAAUCAAGAUUUUUCAUUUUUGUACUCUUGCCGUCCUCGAACGGGUACCAAAGUCCGGGACUUAUAUAUAGAUUUGCGGCGCGAUGCGUGCACUAUCAGUCACAGUUCGAGACGAGCGAGAAAUGAGAGACAAGGUCACGCUCUUGGUGUUCCGUCUAUUACGUAUAUUUUCGCCCCCCCCCCUUUUUCCGUCUCGUUUAUAUAUAUAUACGAUUAGAUUAUAUACAGACGCGUGCAAGGAAAAGUCCGAUAAUUACCCACUUGUGGCGCGCUCUCCGAUGUAUGGUAGCGCGCGCGUUUUGGUGGAUUGCGUGAGAAUUUUAUUGCGUACUUGGAGUACCCAGUUGUUGUCGGGAUUGAGAGCUUGGAUAUUCAUUGCUCGAUUGAAUAUCUCACUGAUUUUAUUUUACUGUGUUAUUAACUACAUUACGUCCAAGGGCCUUUUUUUUUAAAUAUUGUAAUCAGUUUAUACGAGGCUGCAGCUGUUUUUCAUGAUGUAUCGUUUUUGAGCCGAUUUAUCGCAAAGUGGCGUAAAAAAAUUUGCUUUUUUUUCUAAUUUACCUGAAAAAUUAAUCCAGCUUAUUGUACACACUUAACAUCUGUUGAACUCACAGUGUUUGGGGAUUAAUUCAGUUUCAUUAUCGGACAUCAGCCAAGCCAAAGAGGAAGCGGGUAUCGAAAAGGCCGAGGACAAGGCAGUUACCAUGGUUGGAGUGACCAAUGGCGCUAAAGCGGCCUUUAGGGCUGUCAUUUUAGGAGCACCUGGUUCCGGCAAAGGCACUAUAUCGGCUCGCAUCGCCAAACAGUUCAACAUCACUCAUAUAUCAAGUGGCGACAAACUUAGGUUUCAUGUUGCCCAACAGACCGUUCUGGGAAAGGAAGUAAAAAAGUACUUGGAUUCUGGACAUUUGGUACCAGAUAAAACCAUGAUAUCCCUUAUAAACGAAGAAAUCCAUACUCUGAAUGGUCGCAGUUGGCUUUUGGAUGGCUUCCCCCGCACAAAGUCACAAGCUGAGGCAUUGCAAAAAAUACAGCCGGUGACCCUCGUGAUCAACGUCGAUGUUCCUGACUUGGUUAUACUCGAGCGCAUUAAAAACCGCUGGAUACACGCACCCAGUGGUCGAAUUUACAAUAUCGGAUUCAACGAUCCGAAAGUACCGGGAAAAGACGAUACGACUGGUGAGUCCCUGGUUCAACGAGCCGACGACCAGCCGGAGAUAGUCAAAGCUCGUCUUAAGGAGUACGCGAUGAAGACAAAGCCAGUGAUCGAUUAUUACGGAAAGCUGAACGUUCUCGAAUCAUUUGCUGGCAGCACGACCGACAGCAUAUGGCCAAUGAUCAGAGAACGGGUUGCACAAUACGCGAAUACAGAGACGUGAUAUGUAUUUACACUAAAUAAAGAAAUGGUAUCUAUUGGACACGUACGGUCAGAAAACUUAGAACGAAUGGCAUGUUGUAGUAUAGCUAAAACGAAAAAGGGUACCAAGAGUUGUUGCUAUUCUGAUAGUAAAUGGCCAUACUUGUAUUUUUAAUGAGGUUGUGCACACAUCCAUACUCCAUUUGAUCCAUACGGCAGAUUUAACUAUGAAAAAGUAAAAAUAAAAACGCGUGUUUUUUUUUUAUUAACAAAAAUUGACGAUGAUAGAGCAAGUUAAAGUUCGAUAGUUAGUGGAGUGUUAUGCUACAAAUUUUUACUGCUGCGUUAUAAUUUUAAAUUUUUAUGUACAAGAAAAAUAAUCCGUAGCUAGAAUCUUUAUGGAUGAUUUAUUACAUGUAAUCAAUGCGUUUCCUUAUGCAAAAUGAUUGUUUACGAAUACAUGUUGUUGACACAUACAUGACCAAAGUCACAGUAAUUAUGUUACAAAGUCAGUGCGCCAAUGCGAUGAUUGUUAGAUACAAUGCUCGUUACGGCUUUUCACUUCGCUACAGCACGCUAUUUUCAGCAUUUCGCUUAGUUGGCUUACCUUACGGGUCUAAUUUACAGUUUUACCCAAUACACUUAUAGAUUAUAGUAAUAGGGUCCUCACACAUAUACAUAUACAUUUAAAAUCCAUGGAAAUCGAUUCGUUCCAUAAGUUUUCAUAAAAGGUUUGGUAAUUUCUCUGAUCCAGAAGCUUAUGGACCCUAUUUAUAGUGGAAAGCAGAUAUCAUAAAGCAGCAGCUUAUCAUUGUUUAGUAUACCUAGAUAGAGGGUGCAAAAAGCUUUUGCAUCGAUUAUAAAGGUAAACAAAUAAAUGUUAAGCUUCCUUUUUCUACUCUAUGCUUCCUGAUGCUUUCUUCUUUCCGUCUACGGGAUACAUCGAUUACCACUAGGUGUGAUCUAAUCUGGUACCUAAUCGAAGUUACGGCCUUUUGCGAAAUAAUUUUGAAGGAAUUAUGGCUUUACAGCCACCUAGGUAUACCUUAGCUGCAGUUUCUUAGAUACUUGUUCCUCUUUCUUAAUAAGAGCAUGUAACUGUGAUAUCGCGAUUCGACAAGUAGCUAUUGCAAUAUGGAAUUUAUAUUGCUGUUGUUGACACUACGUUAUAGACAAUACAUAAUAUAUUGUAUAAGAAUUUCCGAGACAAACGAAUCGAGUCAAUCAUGCAUUAUGUUAGAGUAUAACGGAUAAGUAACAUACGCGAUAGUUGCCGUGUAUGGACAAGGGGUGUCACUAAGGAGGGGGGUUCGAGUCAACUGCCCUUUAUUUAAUUAUUUAAGCAAGUAU